AUGGCAAGUGGAACGACGAAGGGCUUUCAAAGCAUCAAAGAAGAAACUGUUGAAUUCAGGUUUCUUACUCACUAUGACCUAGAGAAACGUGUGAACGUGAAGUGUGACGCAUCACCUUACGGUAUCGGAGCUUGUCUCUCACACGUAAUGGACGACGAAAGCGAGCAACCUGUCGCUUUCGCCUCUCGAACACUGUCACCGACUGAGCAGAAUUAUGCCCAGAUUGAUCGUGAAGGAGUUACAAAUGCAGAAGCGAACAUGUUGUCCCGCUUGCCGAUAGCUGUAAAUGUGAUUGACCACGAUGAACAGUUGUACGGAAUUGAUUAUUGUGAGAUGUUACCCGUAACAGCGGGAGACGUGGCCAGGGAGACCAAGAAAGACCCUGUACUGAAACGAGUGUAUGAACAUGCACUUAGGGGAUGGCCGAAACACGGUGUGACCGAAUUACAGCCGUAUCAGCGAAGAGCCGACCAGUUGACUAUCGUUGAAGACUGUCUAUUGUGGGGUAGUCGAGUUAUUAUUCCACACACAUUACGGAAUAAGGUACCGAACGGGCUCCACGAAGACCACGUUGGAGCUAGCCGCAUGAAGGCCAUAGCAAGAGGGUUUGUCUGGUGGCCUUGUCUUGACAAGGAUAUGGAAGAUACCGUUAGGGCAUGUCAAGCGUGUCAAGACACCAGACAUAGACCAGUGCAAACUCAUUCCCACCCGUGGAUUUACCCUGAUUCACCAUGGAGCCGGCUAUACGCGGACUUUGCGGAAGUCAGUGGAAAACAAUAUUUAGUGAUCGUUGACGCGUUCUCAAAGCGGCCAGGAGUUCACGAGUUGGGGACUCAUGGGACGUCGACACAAACCAUCGAAGCAUUUCGGAGAACAUUUGCCUGCCAUGGCUUACCCGAAAGGUUGGUAACCGACAACGGCCCACAAUUUACGUCACAGCAGUUCAAGAAUUUAUGA